GCAGGUGCGCGCAGAGAGAGAGAGAGAGAGAGAGAGAGAGAUCAGAUCAACCAUGGAAGCCUCCACGGAAUCCGCGAGGCCCUUCCAGUUCUUCGUGAAGCUGAUCGACGGCAAGACCUCCGUCCUCAACUUCGCCGCCCCCGACGUCGACGCCCUCUCCAUCAAGCGCCGCGUCUUCGCGGCCUCCGGGAUCCCCGUCCCCUCCCAGCGCCUCAUCGCCUCCGGCCGCCAGCUGGACGACCGCUCCGUCGUCUCCUCCCCCGGGCCCACCCUCCACCUCUCCCUCCGCCUCCCCGGCGGCAAGGGAGGGUUCGGGUCCCUCCUCCGCGGCGCCGCCACCAAGGCGGGCCAGAAGAAGACCAACAACUUCGACGCGUGCCGGGACAUGAGCGGCCGGCGGCUCCGCCACGUCAACGCCGAGAAGAAGCUUGAGGAGUGGAGGGCCGAGGAGGAGGAGCGGAAGCUGGAGAGGAUGGCGGAGGAGUUUAUAAAGAAGGCCGCCAAGAAGGGGAAGGGGAAGAAGGGGGCCGGAGAUUUGGAGGCGGAGAAGUAUGUGGAGAAGUACAGGGAGCAGUCGGCGAAAUGCGUGGCGCAGGUUGAGGAGUGUGUUAGGGAUGCGAUCGGGUCGCACAGGACGUCGAAGCGGAAAGCUGGGGUUGGUUCGGGCACAGAUGCAAAAAAGUUGAAGAUUUGGAUGGGGAAGAGAAAAGUAGGAGAAAGUGACAGCGAUGAUUCGGGAGACGAUACCAGUGAGGAUGAAGAAAAUGAGAAGUCCACCAUCUCAGAUGGUGCAACGCAUUUGAAUUUGAUUAGGGAAGUGGAUGGAAGCUCUGACUCUGUGACUGGUGGGAGACAAGAUGGAGAAGCAUAUACUUCGAGUUCUAAUGGAAGUGGUUCUGAGGAAGAAAAAGAGACCAGCAUGCAAGUGUGUCCAGAAUCCAGCGGGUGCUCUGGUGGAGUUGUGCCUGAUGAAAAUGGUGCUUUGGUUAACCCAGUUUCUUCCGAGGGUUGUGCUGUUAUGUCAUUGGAAUGUGCCGUAGUUUCUGAGACUGAAGCAGUUGACCUCGUGAACGAGAGUCACCAUAAAGUAGAACCUGAGAAUUUAGAAGUAAUGGUGAGUCAGUCACCAAGUGCUCCAGAUUCAGGAGAUGAGGUAACAACUGAAGCUGUACAAGCACCUCCAGGGGCUGGUGGGUUUUCAGAGGACAAAGUAGCAGUUGUUGAAGAAGCUGAAAAUGUCGAAGCUAAUGUUUCAGAGGACAAGGCAUUUGAUUUCGAUGAAUUCAAUUUAGCUGCUGAAAUGGAGGUUCUGGGCAUGGAAAGGUUAAAGCUCGAACUUCAAUCUCGUGGAUUGAAAUACGGAGGUACUAUGCAGGAGCGUGCUUCCAGGCUUUUCCUACUCAAGACCACCCCUCUGGACAAGAUCCCAAAGAAGCAUCUUGCAAAGAAAUGAUGCAUACGAUGCCACCUCAAGCACAAACUUAGUCAUGAAGCUGUGAUAAAGCUGGAACUUUGUCGGCAUUCGAUGGGAAUAGUCACAUGCCAUCCGAUGCUUUGGGCCUCCAAAAGAUUUUAUCACCAUCUACUUUACACAUUGCAUGUAUAGUCGUCUUUGUUUGUGUGCUUUUGGAGGAGACUAAUUUUUGUAAUCUGACGUCUUACAAGGAUCAAAACCAAUUUGGUGAUGUUCAUUUUCUGGCUACUAAGAUCAGAUUGCCCAGAGCAUUCUGAAGCAAUGCUUCCCAUCUGUAUUUUUUUCAUAAUCGGAAUAAAACGUAUCUUAUGUUGCCUGUC